GCAAGGCACGCGCGAGGCAGAAAUCCGGGUGCCUGGAUGUUGGAUAAUCGGGGGCGACCAGGAGCUCCGGAGGCCCGACGACCAAGUCGCGGACUCGUCGCCCUGGGAUUGGACAUAUGCAAGUGGGAGACUUGGGUCUGGCGCUCUAAAUCGAGGGUGGGGGAAAUCGAGGGUGGGGGGGUGUGCUCGGGCUUGGUCGCCAGGAUCGGAUCGGCGGACCUCUGACUCAGCGUGAGGUCCCCAACUGACGUCCCUCCAGCACCGGAGGUGUCUGGCCAAGUCCUUCAAGACCCCUCAGGGUGACAUGGCUGAAGCGCACCAGGCCGUGGGCUUCCGACCCUCGACGACCUCGGACGGGGCCGAAAUGGAGCUCAGUGCCCCGGUGUUGCAGGAGAUCUACCUCUCCGGACUGCGCUCCUGGAAAAGGCACCUCUCCCGUUUCUGGAAUGACUUUCUCACUGGUGUGUUCCCCGCCAGCCCGCUCAGCUGGCUCUUCCUCUUCAGUGCAAUCCAGCUCGCCUGGUUCCUCCAGCUGGAUCCUUCUCUAGGACUGAUGGAAAAGAUCAAAGAGUUGCUGCCAGACUGGGGUGGAGAGCACCACAGGCUUCGGGGAGUCCUGGCCGCAGCGCUGUUUGCUUCGUGUCUGUGGGGAGCCCUGAUCUUUACCCUUCACGUGGCCCUGAGGCUGCUUCUGUCCUACCAUGGCUGGCUCCUUGAACCCCACGGAGCCAUGUCCUCCCCCACCAAGACCUGGCUGGCCCUGGUCCGCAUCUUCUCCGGCCGCAAAACAAUGCUCUUCAGUUACCAGCGCUCCCUGCCACGCCAGCCCGUGCCCUCGGUGCAGGACACCGUGCGCAAGUACCUGGAAUCUGUCCGGCCCAUCCUCUCCGACGAGGACUUCGACUGGACGUCAGUCCUCGCGCAGGAAUUCCUGAGGCUGCAGGCGUCGCUGCUGCAGUGGUACCUGCAGCUCAAGUCCUGGUGGGCGUCCAAUUACGUCAGUGACUGGUGGGAAGAAUUCGUGUACCUGCGCUCCCGGCACCCGCUGAUGGUGAACAGCAACUAUUACAUGAUGGACUUCCUGUACGUCACUCCCACACCAGUGCAGGCCGCUCGUGCUGGGAACGCAGUCCAUGCCCUCCUCCUAUACCGCCACCGCCUGAACCGCCAGGAGAUCCUGCCUACUCUGCUGAUGGGAAUGCGGCCCUUGUGCUCUGCCCAGUAUGAGAAGAUAUUCAAUACCACACGCAUUCCCGGCAUCCCAAAAGACCACAUCCGCCAUCUCCGGGACAGCCGACACGUGGCCGUCUUCCACCGAGGCCGAUUCUUCCGCGUGGGGACCCACUCCCAGAGCGGCCUGCUCUCCCCGCGGGCCCUGGAGCAGCAGUUCCAGCGAAUCCUGGACGACCCCUCCCCCGCCUGCCCCCAGGAGGAGCAUCUGGCUGCCCUGACCGCCGCACCCAGGGAUGUGUGGGCCCAGGUGCGGAGUUCCCUGAAGAUCCAGGCCAAGGAUGCCUUGGAGGCCGUGGAAGGAGCUGCCUUCUUUGUAUCACUGGACUCGGAGCCUGCAGGGCUCACCAGGGAAGACCCCGCAGCUUCACUGGAUGCCUAUGCCCGUGCCCUACUGGCUGGCAGGGGCCAUGACCGCUGGUUUGACAAAUCCUUCACUCUAAUUGUCUUCUCCAACGGGAAGCUGGGCCUCAGCGUGGAGCACUCGUGGGCCGACUGCCCCAUCUCAGGACACAUGUGGGAGUUCACUCUGGCCACGGAAUGUUUUCAGCUGGGCUACUCGGCAGAUGGCCACUGCAAGGGGCAUCCUGAGUCGUCGCUGCCCCAGCCCCAGCGGCUACACUGGGACCUUCCAGAAAAGAUCCGUCUGUCCAUCUCUCUAGCCCUGAGGGGAGCCAAGACCUUGUCUGGAAACAUUGACUGCCACGUCUUCCCUUUCUCCCACUUUGGCAAGAGCUUCAUCAAACGCUGCCAUCUCUCUUCAGACAGCUUCAUCCAGGUGGCCUUGCAGCUGGCCCACUUCCGGGACAGGGGUGAAUUCUGCCUGACUUAUGAGUCGACCAUGACUCGCUUGUUCCUGGAAGGCCGGACAGAGACGGUGCGGUCUUGCACGAGGGAGGCCUGCAACUUCGUGAGAGCCAUGGAGGACAAAGAGAAAACAGAACCCCAGCGCCGUGCUCUGUUCCGCCUGGCGGUGGAAAAGCACCAGGCUCUGCUGAAGGCAGCGAUGAGCGGACAGGGAGUCGACCGCCACCUCUUUGCGCUCAACAUCGUGUCCGAAUUUCUGCACUUACGGUCGCCCUUUCUGGACCAGGUUCACUCGGAGCAGUGGCCUCUGGCCACCAGCCAGAUCCCUGUUCAGCAAAUCCACCUAUUUGAUGUCCACAAUUACCCUGACUAUGUUUCCUCUGGUGGUGGAUUUGGGCCUGCCGAUGACCAUGGUUAUGGCGUUUCGUACAUCUUCAUGGGGGAUGACACCGUCACCUUCCACAUCUCCAGCAAAAAAUCUAGCACAAAAACGGACUCCCACCGACUGGGGCAGCACAUUGAGGACGCACUGUUGGAUGUGGCCUCCCUCUUCCAGGACGGGCAGCGUCCUAAGCCCAGGUGCAGAGGGUUACAGGAGGAGCACACGGGGCACAGGGGUGGCUCUCUCCCCUGCCACAGGAUGGGCUCCAGGGCACCCACGAAAUCCACCAACUUUUGACCCCUCCCUGCAGGGAGCUGGUCUCCCCAAGAGCUAGAGAGAGGGUCUCUACACCUGGGCUGGUACAGGACAGAGGUGGCCUGUUUGGGUUUGGAAAAUCCCACAUCUGGUCCAAUAAAGAUGCAUAAGCUGGG